UUAUUUCGUAUCAGAGCGAAUGUGGCUGUUGGUUAACAUUGCGGAACGGACCAGGCAGUUGGGACUUAGACAAUCUUUAUAUAUUUCCGCUCCCCAACCCUUUUCAAAUAUUCUGCUUUGAUAAGACUAGAAUCAUAUGUUUUACGUUUUAAACCUAAAUAGCACAUCAAAAGUCUUAUUUGCGUAAUAUUUAGUCGGCGUUCUCACGAAAAGACACUUGGACGCACGCUGAUGGCGGUCACUAUCGAGGAGCUGUAUCGUAACUAUGGGAUCCUUGCUGAUGCGAAGGAUAACUUGAAACAGCACAAAGACGCCUACCAGGCAAUUCUUGACGGGGUAAAGGGGGGCCCAAAGGAGAAGCGUCUGGCUGCACAGUUCAUUCCCAAAUUCUUCAGCAGCUUCCCAGAACUGGCAGAUUCAGCCAUCAAUGCCCAACUGGACCUGUGUGAGGAUGAGGACGUAUCGAUUCGGAGGCAGGCCAUCAAAGAGCUCCCACGUUUCGCUGCGGGGGAGAACAUUGUCAGGGUCGCGGACAUCCUCACCCAGCUUCUACAGACGGACGACUCUGCAGAGUUCAACCAAGUUAACACUGCACUGCUCUCCAUCUUUAAAAUGGACGCCAAGGGUACUCUGGGAGGGCUGUUCUCUCAGAUCCUGCAGGGAGAGGACAUAGUGAGAGAGAGGGCCAUCAAGUUCCUCUCCACCAAGCUGAAGGGCCUGCCUGAGGAUGUCAUGACCAAGGAAGUGGAGGACUACAUUUUUACAGAGACCAAAAAGGUACUGGAGGACGUGACGGGGGAGGAGUUUGUUCUGCUGAUGCGUGUGGUGUCCGGGCUGAGGGCCCUGCAAACAGUAAGCGGACGACAGCAGUUGGUGGAGCUGGUGGUGGAGCAGGCCUUUCUGGAGCAGGCAUUGAACCCUGCCGACCCUGACACGGUGGACCGCCUGAUGCAGUGCACUCGCCAGGCCCUGCCCCUCUUCUCUAAAAAUGUGCAUUCCACUCGUUUCUUGACGUAUUUCUGUGACCACGUUCUGCCAAACCUGAGCUCACUGACCAGUCCAGUCGCAGAGCUGGACAUUCAGCUGGAGGUGUUGAAGCUGCUGGCUGAGAUGAGUCCAUUCUGCGGGGACAUGGAAAAGCUAGAAACAAACCUUACCAUGCUGUUUGAGAAGCUUCUGGAGUUCAUGCCCCUCCCUCCAGUGGAGGAGGGGGAAAACGGGGAAAAUGCCAGCGGUGAGGAGCCCAAGCUUCAGUUCAGCUACGUAGAGUGUCUUCUUUACAGCUUCCACCAGCUUGGCAAGAAGCUGCCUGACUUCCUUAUCGACAAGAUCAAUGCAGAGCGCCUCAAAGAUUUCAAGAUCAGGUUACAGUACUUUGCCAGAGGACUGCAGGUGUACAUUCGUCAACUUCGGGUAGCCCUGCAAGGCAAGACAGGAGAUGCACUGAAGACUGAAGAGAACAAGAUGAAGGUAGUGGCUCUGAAGAUCACCAACAACAUCAACGUCCUCAUCAAGGAUCUCUUCCAUAAUCCUCCGUCAUACAAGAGCACAGUCACCCUGUCCUGGAAGCCGGUUCAGAAGGCGGAAGCUGUAGGUCAGAAGCGCCCGUCGGGUGAGGAGAUGGGCGCAGGCAGCGCCAUGAACAAGCAGAUCUCCCCUUUGCCCAGGAGGGACGCACGGCAGAUCUACAAUCCCCCCAGUGGCAAGUACAGCGCCACCAUCGGCAACUUCACCCACGAAAACCGUGGAGGCUUCAGGGGAGGCCGAGGACGAGGCUUCGGAGGCAGGGGAAACCGGAGCCGAGGCCGCAUUUACUGAGUUCCUUGUAUGUGCGUGUCACAUACACACUGAACUGCAGCACAUCAGGAGCCUUGCAGGAGGCAUGCUGUCUCUUUCAUCACCAUGCCCCCCCUGGUCCACUCUACUAUCCCCGUUUCAUCUUCAGCUACCUGUGUAAAAGUUGUCUCUUCCCACCCAGGAAAGUAUGAAUCCAGUUUUUAGAGAAUGGGCUCUGACUUUUCUAACUGAUGUUUCUAGUUCCUCCCAUUCUCCCUAGCAAGGUGAUGGUUCAAGUAGAUCAUAUUGUUUUGGUUAAUUUGUUAUUUUUAUUAAGUGUAUUUCUGUCAAGAAAAGACUGCCAAAUUGUACCUGAUUGAUAUUUUUGUCAGAUUGUUGGGGAAAAAAGGUUUUACAAACUGGUGACAAUUGCAUUCUUUCUACCUUAUGUAAUACAGAAUUUCUUGAAUGUCUUUUUUUUUUGUUUGUUUUUUUAGCUUUUUUUUGGAUUGGCUGACUCCUGCUACUUUAUAUGAGAUGGUAAUGUUUUCAUCUGAAUUUUAUCAUAAACUUGUGCUGAAGUCUCAACUGCUUCACUUUUUUGUUUGUGUAGCCUCCGGUUAAUGUUGUAGUGAGUUUUACUGUUAAGCAGCAUUGGUAUAUAAACUGCAAUAUUUUGACAGAUUGUGAUGCUAAAGCCUAAUAUUAGGAUUUAUGAGAUCAAUUCAUUUUAAGGACAGUCCUCAACCAGCAUUGGCAGCUAUACUGUAGUUUAUGGAGGACAAUAGUCACUUUUCUACUAAUGAAUGGUAGCCAGUAGUAUGACCACAGCAUGACAAGUAGCAGAACAGUGUGUAACUCUAAACCUGUUGAUUGUUUAUACUUUGUGUCAUAUUGCUGGGUCUCCUGCUUAUGUUGUGCAUGCCUGGGACCCUUACAUUAUUUGUUAAAUGUUUUGGAUAAAAAAAAUUAAAAACCAAAUCUCUGUGGACAUGA